GUAUAUCAAAUUUUGAAAUAUUUAAAGAAUGUCAUAUUAGUUUUAGCGUUUAAAUGUAGUUUUUGAAAUUUAAAAUGGCGUAUAGAUGACUUUCAAUACAGUUUUUUUAAAAUGGCGAUUAGAGCAUCUGGUAAGAAAAAAUGUUUGGAUUGCGAGAAUUACAAAAGGAAAUUAAAGGAAAAUGACCAUACCGUAUCAGCAAGAGACGUUCUCAUCGAAAUGUUACAAACAGAACUCAAAAAGAAAGAAGGCUUGUAUCGAAACGCUAUAGACGAACAUGAAAAGUUACGGUUUAUGCAUUGCUCCGUAGUCCAAGACUACACAAAUCUCAAAGAGAUUCACAAGAAGUUAACUGAGGAAAAUAGAAAACUUUGCGAAGAAAACCAGAAUCUUCUUGCCAAAAUUAGAGAAACUGAAAAUUUGCCAGAAUCAUCAAUUAAAUUUAAUGAUCAAACCUGCGAACCGUUCGAUAAGAAAGACAUCAGCAACAUCAGGAACGUAGCAGACGGAAUCACCAACAUCCAAAAUAUCAUGCAAUGUCAAAAUAAGUCUCUUCGCUCCAUGCUCGUCCAACUCCUGGAUGAACUCAAAAAAUCCAGAUUGGAGCAUUCGCCAGAAAGGGUCAACCAAAAUGUAGAAAAUAAAGACAACAGUAACGAGACCAACGAAUCGUUAAAAAAAGAAAUCGAAGAUUUGAACACCUACAUAGAAAAAUUGCAAAAAGAGAACAAAAAGAUCAAAGAAAACUUGUACGAAAAGCAAGUCAGUUUGAAAAAUUGUUUAACCGUUUUGGAGAACAACAACUCGGAUAUCGACAACCUGUCUAAACACGUAGAAGGUUUAUGCAGACAAAGAGACAAAUACGGCGACCAAGUAACUGCAUUGGAAAAUGAAUUGUUAUCAAAAGAAAACGAAAUAUCUAAAUUAAAAUCGGAAACGGAACAAAUAGAAAACGUGAACUCCAAACUCAACCAUGAUAUUUGCUCCCUCAAAUCCCAAAUAGACACGUAUUCAUCGGAAUAUAAAAAAUUAAAAAGCGAAAUCAAUAAUACGGUAGAAGAUAAAACAGAAUUGGAGAACAAAGUAAAUGAAUAUCAAACGCAGUUUGAGCAAAUACAAAACGAACUACAAGAUAAGCUGAAAGAAUUUGAAGAUUACAAAGAAGACAUGCUAGUUACUAUAGAUCAAUUAAAGAACGAUCUAGAGGAAGCUAGAGUUGAACAAGACUCUAAAGGAAUCCAAUGUACAUUCAACCGACCUGUAACAUGUAAUACCUCUACACAAGAAUCUCCCAUCAUGAAAAAUAGAACUGCACAAAGUUUUGAAGAUUGCCUGAGUGUAUGUUACAAAAAUACUCAAGUAGACGAUUUAGAGAUAACCGGUUGUUGCAAGAAACCCCUUGAUAAGGAAAUGAUAGAGCUAGAAGUCCACAAACAAGAAUUGCAAACGUUGGAAAAUGAAUUUUUGCAGUAUAGAUGCGUAAUGGAUUACAGGAUUCAAUCGCUUGAGAAAGAUAAUAAUGAAUUAAAAGAAAACAUUUCUAUAAUAUCCAGCGAUCACGAAAAGAAUCUGAAAAAAAUUGACGAAGAAUAUCAUAAAUGCAAACAUGAUUUAGACACUAAAAUAAGGACUUUGGAAGAGGACAAAUCAAUUUUGAGAAAUUCGUUAGAACAAGAAACGAGCUUGAUUAAAUUUGAGCUGGAGAAAGUCAAAACCGAGAAUAAUAUCUACGUGUGCCAUUGCAAGAACAAAAUCAAUGAAAUAGAAUUGGAAAAUUCCGGUCUGAGAGACAAGCUCAGCAAUAUGGCUAACGAAAAUCGGGACAACUUAACGAAACUAGAAGAAAAUUAUUGUAUAUGUAAGCAUGCUCUUGAGGCUAGAAUUAAACAGUUAGAUGAAGAAAACAAACACUUAAGAGACACUUUAGACAUCGUAACUACUGAUGAUAACAAAUCAAUUGAAGAUGAUUUUAAUACAUUAAAAACGAUCCUUGAAAACAAAAUACGUUUAUUAGAAAAAGAAAACAGUUAUCUUAAAGAAUUGAUAAAUUCUACCACCAAAGAUUAUGAAGAUAAGUUAACAGAAAAGGAAUCUGAGAUGAAAGAACUGUUAAAAAAAACGGAUCAGAAUCAAACUACUAUUAAAACCUUAAUAGACGAACAGAAUCAGUACCUACAAAGCAUUAUCUACCAGGUACCAAACAGCAAUCAAACUGCCACCGAUAUGGGAGAAAAUUGUGACUUAAAAACUGUUUUGCAACUUAAAAUUAAACAUUUAAUCGAUAACCAAUUAAAAUUAGAGCAAAACCUAGCAACAGUUAGUUCAGAAAAUGUGUCUUACUUAAAUACAAUCGAAGAAUUAUCGAAACCUAUGAAAAAUCAAAAAUAUACGGUCCUAACUUGCUUAUUGGACCAAGUAGAUAAAAUCAAUCAAACAGACGAAAUUAAAGGGAUAGAAAAUGAAACUAACGAGUUGAAAGAAGAGCUCAAUGAAAUGCAACGAAAGGUGCUGACUUUAGAAAUGGAACUGGAAAACGCAAACUUGGAAUUAACAGAAUACGAAGAGGAAAACAGAAGCUACUCGCAAAGAUUGCAAAUCUUAAUGAAUGAAAUUAGCUCCUUACAGGAAACGAAACUACACGCAGAUGCCGACAUCAAUGAUUACAAUCUGAAACUCAUCCAAGUACAGGAAGAGUUCACUGUUCUUAGUAGAGACAGAAAUCAGACCAUAACGGAGCUGAACUACAAAAUUACCGAGUUGGAAUCUAAGCUCGUAGAUUUCGAUUGUAACGUAAGCAAACUCAAGGAAUCAAAGAAAGAAAACGAACGACUUCAAAAUAAACUCGAUGAUACUGAAAUGAUGUUAAACAAUAUAAGAAACGAAUUAGAUAGUCUGCAUUUGGAAAAUAAUAAACUUAAAUCUUUAGAAAUGUUGGUACAGCAGAAAGAUGAACAGCUAAUGGAAUAUUGUAAUCAGUUAAAUGUCGUACAAGAACAAUUGAAGGACAAUGAGUGUAAGUGCCAAGAAUAUGAAAGUAAGAUUAAAGAGUAUGAAUCUAAUAAAAGAGUUCUGGAAGAAAAGAUAUCAGAAUACGAAAAAUUGAUAAAAGAAACAUCUAAAGAAACAGAUCGUUUAAGAAAACUCAUAUCGGAUCUGGAAGAGGAGCAAAAUAAUAUAAAAAAUAACAAUGUAGAGAAAACAGAUGAAAAUAAUAAAGAGCUUUUCAAACAAAUUAUUACCUUACAAGAACAGCUUAAAAAGAAGAAAACAAUCAUUAAAAGUCUUGAGCAAUGCAUCGAUAAAAGCAACAUUGUUUUACAACAUUGCGAAAAAGAAAUGAGAAUCGUGCAAAAGAACAACGAAAGUCUCAAAAAAGAAUUGGAAAACACCACUAAAGAAGAAAUAUCAUUUUUAAAAGAAAAAUCAGAACAACUUUUCCAAGAAAAUCAACGAUUAAAAGAACAGUUGCAGAAAAGCCCUAAUCGAUUUAACAAUAAAGAAAAUCUAAAGUUAAAAAUAGAAUACCAAAGGUUAAUGAAAGAAAGCCAGGCUAAAGACAAAGAUUUAAAAAAUCUUAAACAGCAGUUGAUGCAACUUGCUGCGCAAACUAAAAAACCAAUUACUGCUCAAAAAGCAGUAUCCUUUGCAACAAAUACCAAAUUAUUUGAUCCCAAAACUAUACAAACCAAACCAGGUUGCUCAAAAUCGAACGAUUCUGACCCCAAUACGCCAAAAAUUAAAAAAGACGUAAGGCAGGAUCUUAAAAAAAAAUUGACACCUACUUCUCCUCAAGUCAGAACAGCUAAUCAAAAAAUAAGCGACUCUACUAGAUCUCCACAUUCUGUAACUGGGCGCGUAGCAACAACAAGCCUCAAAUCCGAAUCCCUACCAAACACACUUAGGAAAGGGGCGCUGAUUAAAAAUAAACCCAAAGAUGUUUCCGUUUAUUUAGCGUUGAGCAAUGCAUAUCCAUCUGAAAAAGGUACUGGCCGAAUACAGAAAACGCAAGCCGUACCUGGAGACGAAGAAACCGUUUCUCGAGUAUACGGAGGUGCCAGCGAUGUUCCAAAAAACGAUCCCCCAAAUAAGCGCAAGCCUGACAAGAAAUCAAAAAUGACAGCACUCCAAUUUGCGGGUGCGUCAAUUAGCAAGGACGAUCCAACUGAAUCAGUUCGUCCUGGACCGAGAUUUUCAAGAAUUGGUGCAGAUAUACCCGGUGGGCAAAUUCAAUCUGGAUCAAAGAAACCAGCAGCUCCUAUGGAAAACCUAAAUUCUCCUAAUACAUCAACUCAUUCCAAAGAGUCUGAUGAAUAUGAAGAAUUUAGAAAAUAUACAAUAAAAAAGUUGCUUUCUACCAGAGCGCAUUCCCAAAUUUUCGACGAUGAAAUUGAUCCGAGAUUGGUUAUAGCGAUAAGUGAUCAGAUGGUAAAACCAAAUCCUUCUGAUGAUCAAACUGAAGAAACUGAACAAAUUGAAGACAUUGAAGAAAUUGAAGAGACUGAACAAAUUGAAGAAACUGAGGAAUAUGAGCAAAGCAAACUUAGUUUAGAUACGUUAGUUCUAGACGAAGAGGGACCUAUUGAUAGGAGGUCGAGUGAAAUGAGUAAGGAUUUGGAUUUAAAUAGGGGUUCUGCUGUUUCGAAACAUAAAAUGGAUAGUUCAAAAACGAUAUUAGAAAGACUUCUUGAAUCUAAUGAUGAGAGGAGAAAAAGCUUAAACCAGCGGAACAGAAUAUUAACACAACCUUACGAACGUAAAACAAGCAGAGCUACAUCUCCCAGAGUAUCAUCAGAAUAUAUUCAUGAAAGAACUAAUGAUGAUGGAAGAAAUAGAUUAAAUACACGGGGAAGACACAUGAAUGGUGUGACUCAUAGAACAACAGUGAAUAUCCAGGAAGAAAUGCCUGAUUCUGAUUUGAGAAAGAGUAUACUGAGUACCCGACCCAGAAGAAGUGUAGCCGAUCAUAGACUGAGCAGAAUAGGUAGUGAUAGUACGGCUUCUAGAAUAUCAGAAACAGAUUAUACCUAUGAUGGAAGUGUAUAUACUGGUACGUUUUAUAUAGAUAACGCAGGUAGUGAACAACGACAACAAAAUAGAAAAAUAAGUUUAAAAGUGCCAAUAGACGAGGAAGAACCGAGCGAUCGUUCGUAUUUCAAAUCGAUCCAUCAAAAUCCUCACGACGAAAGAAGUUCGGAUUUCGCCGAUUUCUCUUCCUAUGUCGCUGCACCUAGAGCCAGAGUGUCUAUCGCUUCGAGAAAUAUGAUGAUAAGUGCAGGUACGGACCCCAUCAAACCGUUACGAUUAUCCAGAGGUACAUCUCCUGAACAACAAGAAAAUAUUACCGAACAAAAACAACAGACGAACUGGAACAGAAGAAUAUACGCACCAAUCGAGAAACGAGAAGAAUAUAUUGAUUUAAGAGGCAGAAUCACAGUGGAUACCGGUUCAGAUGCAAUGCAAAAAACGAAGCAAAAAUCAGUGCAAAUUAAUAAAACCAGUUGUAACUGCAUGUCGGUGAUUAUGCAGCAGUACAAAACUCAGGAUGGAAGAAUUCAGAAUGCGUACUCAGACAUAGUCCAAUUGAAUCAAGAUUGCCCUUGUCCGAAGGUAAGCCGUACUGGUUGCUCGUUUUCUUUUGGAUCGUAUUGGGAACAACCGGAUUUCGACGGCGACUAUUCCGACGAAUCAAAUUCCGAUUCGUCUUCUUUAUGCGAAGAAGUUAACAUUGGAUACGCAAUGAAAUACAAUUACGAAAGGGACGAUGAGAGUUUUGAUGUGUGCGAUUGCGAUGAAGAGAAUAGCUCUUCGAGUCACGUUUCUUGUUAAAAACUUUGGUGUAAUGAAGAUGGAUGCUGUAAUUGUAAUUGUCAAUUGUUUGAAACGUACUUUUGUGAUCCACGUUUGUAAAAAGAAAUAAGAGAAAUUAAAUACCUUUUACUAAAUGUUGUUUUAACAAAAAUAGAUAUUAAUGAGAGAU